AUGUCUCGCUACGCAGCAGCCCACGCUAAUCCUCAGGGGCCCGGCGAUGCCAGGCCAACUGCACUGCAGAUCAUCGAAGACGAAGGUGUCGAGGGCAAGCUAGGCGACAAGGUUAUUGUUGUCACUGGCACCUCGUCCGGGAUUGGAAUCGAAACAGUUCGGGCUCUCUCGGUCACUGGAGCCAAGCUUUUCUUGACGGCCCGCAACCUCGCUAAAGCGAAGGAAGCCCUCGCCGGCAUCUUCGACCCCAACCGCAUGGAGCUUGUCGAGAUGGAUCAAGAGUCGCUGCAAAGUGUCCGUCUCGCAGCCAGUACCAUCCUAUCUAAAACGGACAAGAUUAAUAUCCUUGUCAACAAUGCCGGAAUCAUGGCCGUCCAAACUCUUCAGUUUACCAAAGACGGUCACGAGCUCCAGUUUGGCACCAACCAUUUGUCUCACUUCUUGUUCUUUGAGCUGCUGAAGCCGGCAAUGCUGGCGGCAACUACGCCAAACUUUCACAGCCGUGUUGUCGUUGUGUCUUCGACCGCACACCUGAGAAAUGGUAUCAACGCCUCGGACGACUACAACUUCGAGAAGAGCGAAUAUGCUCCCUGGGGGGCCUAUGCGCAGUCCAAAACCGCCAACAUCUACAUGGCUAACGAACUGGAGCGGCGAUAUGGCUCUCAGGGCCUUCACGGGAUAAGUCUACACCCCGGAGGGAUCAUGACCCCUCUCGCAAAGCAUCUUCCAGCGGCCGAGUUAGAGAGCGCCAGCGAUGGCGGGGAGCUAUUCAAGGAAUUCAAGAGCCCUGAGCAAGGAGCUGCAACUACUGUCUGGGCGGCGGUUGGGAAGCAAUGGGAGGGUCCCUCAAAGGACGAGAGUAACCCUUUCGGCUCGGGGUAUGCCAAGCAUGCAUUCGAUCAAGAGAAAGAGGGUCGCCUAUGGAGAGACUCUCUCAGGCUUGUGGGGUUGUCUUGA